CCAAACUGUCUCCCAAUUAGAUAACUAUGUUUUGAUCACAAACUGAAAAUAGCAGAAUAGGCGUCAAGCACGUCUGUACAGGACAAGCUGGUUACAAGGAAAUCUGUAAAUAUGGUGGGUGUAACAGAUACAGUAUUACAGGUUAUGAGUCAUGUUACGUAAUUUAUCUGUCAAUAAUUCACCUGUUUACACCAUGGUCUGAACAACUUACGCUUACUUUUAUUUUUCUAAUUGACAUCCACUAGAAUGUGAGAUGAUUUUCAAUUAUGUAAAUAAAUGUUUAAUAGUAUCAACUUAAACAACUGACUAUUAAUGUAAAUUAGAAAACUGGAAGGUUGUUACACCCUAAUCCACACACUGCUAUUUUAAAACUCCUACAUGCUGACUGUGUUGAAGCAUAAUAACAUACCGGUAAUACGCGAGUAGAGUAGGUAGAAUACGAAUCUGUCAUUUUCUGUCUUGUGUGUCCUGGUUACCUUCACAUCACCAAGGGUUUAAUUACUGCUGAGCAAACCAUAGAGAUGCCUCAAGGGGGACUAGACAGAGAUGAGACGAGACGAGUAAAAUCAGGUGAGACGGAGCGAAAAACAGGAGGUUGCCAGUAAGCCAAGCUUCAGCCAAGUAGAUACAGGAUAUUAAGAUAGAAACUUAAAUGUGCACACAGAAGACACUCUGCUAGGAUGAGACCUGUACCAACAUGAGAAGAAGUAUGAAUUGUGAGAGGGGAAGUACCGGGGUCAGAGGCAGUGUCCUCUGAUCAAAGGAGUGUGCGGUGGAUUUUACCAUCUUCUGAUUCCUCUACAAGUUGCAUCUUGCCAUCACUGAGCACCCAAGCCAACUCCAUCCACUCACCCUCCCUCCCACCAUGGCUGUUGUCCCAGCUACCCAGCAGGAGGACUCAGCUGCUGCAGCACCCAGCCUCAGCACCAUCCCUGGGGAGCCCAUGGAUGUGGAGUGUCCCAUCUGCUACCAGGAGUAUAACCAGUACAACAAACACCCACGGAUGCUGCAGUGUCUCCAUGUUUUUUGCACCGAGUGCCUCCAGAGGAUCCAGCUCUGCCCCUGCGAGCCCCCCAACCUCCGCAGCCCACCAGCUAUCCCCUGCCCCCUCUGCCGCCACCUUACCCCCCUGGAGACUGGGGAUGCCCUCUCCUUACCCUGCAACUCCCGCAUCCUGGCCAGGCUACCCCAUGUGGCCUUCCGCCUGCCUGUGACCAAGGCAACACGCCUAGCUACUGUCAACCGGAGAGUGGUGCUCUCUGUGGAGGGCGACAGCAGAGACACCCGCUUCAUCAUCCUGCCCACUGUCAGCCUGCGAGUGCAGCAGAUGCACCAGGGCAGGCCGUAUGGCACAGCGCCAGGCCUGGUGGGUGAUGAGGAAGUCAUAGAGCAGAGCAAGAAGACCCUGUUCUGUGUGCAGCUGCUGGCUGUCACCUUCUGGGUGCUGUUUGUAAUCACCUGUGUGAUCGGGGUGGUGUUUGGGCCAGGUUUCUUUAACAAGAAACUUUAAUAGGAAAAAAAAUUUUAGAGAAUAUAAAACACAAAUUGUGUUGUUUUUUUUUAAUCUAUAUUUUAAUGGAGAUAUUUUUUGACCACUGUGUUUGCUAUUUACCCUGUAGUUAUGGGACCAAC